UGACAGUGACUGGCCAUGUGAACACAACCACAGGACUCCCGGUGAACGGGAAGCUGAGCUCACCAGGAUCAACAGAAAAUCACCACUGUUGCUGUCUCCUCCACAUUCUGACUGGAAUUAUCCUUUUGAGACUUUCAGAUGUUUACUGUCUUUGGAUUUCUAUGAAGAGACAUAUUUGACAAAGAAUACUUCUUAGGUUCAUUUGGAUUCAUCUCUGGAGUCCUCACAAGUCUGCGGCGCCAGGACAAGCAGACGCACCAGCGGUUUCUCCCUCGCAGCUUUACCGGAGGACAGCAGGAGUCAUCGCAUUGAUUGACUCACGCUUUCUUCCUCUGCUGGUAAAAAAAAACAAAGCCGGUGUGACCAUGCUACAAAAUGAAAACGAAAAGGACAAACCGCUGCAGGCGCCGAAGGCUGAACCUGAACCCGACUCCCCGGCCGACGACCCGCAAAAGCGGCAGCCCGCUCCUCCAGCCGCCGAGGGAGAGGACGCAGACUGCGGCUCCGCUCACUUCCCCUUGCCCGUUCAUCCUAAACUUGAGAUAAAGCGCAACGCGGUGACAGACGAUUAUAAGAUCUCCACUCAGGUCCUGGGCUUAGGGAUCAACGGAAAAGUCCUUCAAUGCUUCAACAAGAAGACAGGAGAGAAGUGCGCACUGAAGAUUCUCUACGACAGUCCCAAAGCCAGACGAGAGGUGGAGCUUCACUGGAGAGUAUCAGGAGGACCUUACAUUGUUCGAAUCCUCAGCCUUUAUGAGAACAUGCAUCAUGGGAAGAAGUGCCUGCUCAUCAUCAUGGAGUGCAUGGAGGGUGGAGAGCUGUUUAACCGCAUCCAGGCCAGAGGAGACCAGGCCUUCACUGAGAAAGAGGCUUCUGAGAUCAUGAGGGACAUCGGCACGGCCAUCGACUUUCUCCACAAUAUUAACAUUGCACACAGAGACAUCAAGCCGGAGAACCUGCUGUACACAAAUAGAGAAAGAAACGGGAUCCUCAAGUUAACAGACUUCGGCUUUGCUAAGGAGACGUCGCUACACAACCCUCUACAGACCCCCUGUUAUACCCCGUACUAUGUGGCUCCUGAGGUUUUGGGUCCAGAGAAAUAUGACAUGUCUUGUGACAUGUGGUCGUUGGGCGUGAUCAUGUACAUCCUGUUGUGUGGCUUUCCUCCAUUUUACUCCAACACAGGCCAGGCCAUCUCUCCAGGGAUGAAGAGGAGGAUCAGGAUGGGCCAGUAUGAAUUCCCCAACCCAGAGUGGGCUGAGGUGUCACAGGAAGCAAAAGAUCUGAUCCAUCAGCUGCUGAAGACAGACCCAAACGAGAGAAUGUCCAUCACUCAGUUUAUGAACAACCCCUGGAUUAAUCAGCAGUCUAUGGUGGUUCCCUCUACUCCUCUCCACACCACCCGGGUUCUGACUGAAGACAGAGAGCUGUGGGAGGAUGUGAAGGAAGAGAUGACCAGCGCUUUAGCAACCAUGCGUGUGGACUACGACCAGGUGAAAAUCAAGGACCUAGACACUUCUAGCAACCCACUGCUCAACAAGAGACGCAAGAAGGCUGCUGCUGGGGGCAAGAGUGGCUCCACGGUGUGCCAAAGUCAGUGAAACACAGAGGACUGUUGAUGGGAAUCUAGGCCCAACUGCCAAAGAUGUAAAAAUAAAAAAUAAAAAAAGAAGCAGCUCAGAAGAUGGAGUCAAGUUUGUGCUCUCAGGAGAGGAUUGGAAGAGACCUGCUAGGGACUCUUGACAGACUGAAUGUUGGAGAAAUGUUGUUUGAAAUAAGGGGACAACAGUCAGAGCUGGACAUUUAUCAGACAUAUCAACACAGGAUAGCAUCUGUUUCCCCUGUCAGUGUAGAAAUCAACACCUCUGAUAAGUGUGGGCCUUUCUCUUUGAUUUUUUUAUGUAUGUACGUGAAUUUGAAGUAUUGCCUGUUUGUAUGCAGACAUGAUGUAUCUGUAGUGAUUUGAAUGCUGUGUGCUAUUUUAGGACACCUACGUACUGUAGCUAUGCACUAGUGUCCACAUCACACACACACACACACACGGACAAAGCGACGGUGGUCAGACUGUGAAACUAGAACACUCACUUUUACCUGCCUUGUCUUAAUGUCUUCUGUCUUUUGCUAAGUCUGACGUUCACUGUCUUUUCAAAACAAUGUAGCCAACAUGAUGACCUGCAGUUUAAACCCAAGGGAGUGGUUUACAUUGAAGCAUCAAUAAAAUGGCCUCAAACAUA